UUUGCGAUGUGAUAACAACUCAGAAAGCUGAAACACGCCGUAUAAAAUAAAUUUUAAUUCCUUCUUUUUUAUUCGUAAAUUCUGUAUUAAACCGGACAACAUUUAAUACGAAGUAAACAUGUCGCUGAUGCCAGGCGCUGAUCCCAAGGGCGGCGAUUCGGCCAAGCCGCAUCUGAUAGACACUGCCGAGCUGGACAAAAUGGCCAUGCAUUUUGUGGGCAACAUGAACAGAUAUCGGGAGAACAUCAUCAUUCCCAAGUCAAAUGGCCCCGUCAAAAUCAAGACAAAUGAGGAGAAACUCAUCGAGACUGCCGUCGAGAGUUGCGCCUUCAAGAGCACCAUGGCCUGUGUCAUGGGUUAUGGAUUGGGUGCCGCCUUGGGUCUGUUUAGUGCGUCCGUGAAUCCAAACAUGGCCGAUCCCUUUGCCAACGAGAAGAAACAGACGGCGCGCGAAGUAUUCCGCGAGAUGCGCUCCACAACACAUUCUUAUGCGAAGAAUUUCGCAUUGAUUGGCGCCGUCUUCUCUAUAGUCGAGUGUACCAUCGAAAGUAAACGUGGCGUGACAGAUUGGCGCAAUGGAACGUAUGCGGGUGGAAUUACGGGCGGAUUGAUUGGACUGCGAGCUGGCAUCAAGGCGGGCAUCAUUGGUGGUUUGGGCUUUGCGGCAUUUUCUACGGCAAUCGAUUACUACAUGCAUAUGAGAUAGUUAAGCUUUUAAUCGUAUAAAUGUUUUUGUUCUUAAUUAUUAA